UUUGUAUUGAUAUAAAUGAAUUGGAGAAACAAACAACACCCAAUAACACAUCAUUUCUCUCUUUCUUUUCUCUUUCUUUCUUUUUCAUAUAAUCAUGAUGACCGAUAACAAGAAAAACCUUACCGAAAAUGAUUGCUUAAUGUAUCGUCCCUUUGGAGGUGGUGACAUUCAGAUCAAGAGAGACCACUACUCUACUUCACUCGAUACUCGGGGUUACAUUCCUGUGUAUGAGUAUAUAAUCAAUAAUACGCCCAUCAUGUGGGAUAGAGAGACAGGUUAUGUUCAUUUUACCGGCAUUUGGAAAGCUCUCGGUAACUCCAAGUCAGAUAUUGUCAAAAUGGUCGAUUCAAAUCCAGAACUCGGUACAAGAAAGAUACGCGGUGGUUUCUUGCGCAUCCAAGGCACAUGGAUCCCCUAUGACUAUGCUCACCUACUCUGCAAGAGAACGGCGUGGCACAUCCGAAAAGAGCUCGUUCCUAUCUUUGGACAACAAUUCCCGCUAGAAGCACUGCAUCCUGAUCAUCCAGACUACGGUUGUUUACUACUGGACCCACUCACCCGUAAAAAAUCAUCGCUGCACAAACGUAACACAAUGCGUCAAAAACCCUACACAAAACCCUCCACCGACAACAACAGUCAUCCUCCUCGUCCAAAGAAAUCUGCCGUCGCUGCCGUCGUCGUCACAAAAAGAAAGAUUCAGCAUAAGAAUAACAAUAAUAAUAAUAAUAAUAAUCGGGUGGCUUCCAGUAUGUCCGUCACUCGUCUUUUAAAUACAAGCAAUGAAGACAGUGAUAUAUUAUCUUCGGAAGAAGAGGAUGAUGAUGACACAAGUUCCUCCUUUUCUUCACCUUCAUUUCGCGUCAUUCAAACAUAUCCUCCAGAAGACUGGUCUUCUCAUUGGUUAUUACCACCUAUUCAUUCUCCUUCUCCCUCUCCUCCAACACCAUCACCACCACCACCACAAUCACAGGUAGCUCCCUUAGCAACAUCAACAACAACAACAGCUGCUGCUGCAUCACCGCAUAUCGCCCAAGACAUCAUCGAUACCAUCAGUGCUACUAUUCUCUUACAACGUCUCUCCCAAGACGAUGGUAAAAGACCCUUCAAACCAUUUGAAUCUACUGGUAUUCCUAGCAAAGUCAUUGUGGGCCAUCAAGAAUUCAGUAUCUGCUGGGACUAAUCCCUCUCUCUCUCUCUCUCUCUCUCUCUUUCUCUUUUUUUUAAAAAAAUAAAAUAAAUAAAUUAAAUCGCCGUUCUAUUCUGUA